AACAACCCCGGUAAUCACCGCUAAAAAGUAAGCGACAACAUUUACCAUUAUACCCUGAAAAAGCGUUGGGGCUUUGAUUUGGUGCCAACGUAUGCUCCACGGCAUUGCUACGGGAGGCGUUUCCAGCUUCGAGAACUUUCUCUCCGAAACCCUACCGGAAAACGCAGAAGCUUAAGAAAAAAAAUAGAUCUCAAUCAGCGUGCUCAUUUCGCUAUAAUCGCCAAAUCACACAAAUCUCAAAUCCGAGGCGGAGGCAUGGGAAUCAUAAGAAGCUCUUUUCCAUUCAUGCUAGGCACAGUGUGUGGCGUAUACAUUGCUCAGAACUACAACGUUCCAAAUAUCAACAAGCUCGCAGAUUGCGCAGUUUCAAUGGCGAAGCAAAUGGAGCAAAGGUAUCGCAAACCUAAGAAACCCGACGACGACGACAACUUUUAGUAUUCACAGGAAUUCGUUCGUCAAGAUGAACAUAGACAGUUUUCUUCAUGUAAAAUUCUCUCAAUUUGUUGAUCAAUUUUCCAAUUGAAUAAAUUAUUAACUGACUGGAUACUUGCCUACUCAAAUAUUGCUUUAACUCGAUUGACAUGCAAUUGUUUGCUAUUGCUUAAUUGUUACAUGUUGAAAUUGUUGAAUA